AUGCCGACAAGAAGUACACGGAUGAUUACUGCAAGAUAUAUUCUCGAUAUAGAGACAGGGAGGGAGUUCUUCCUCUCUCUUGCUCUCUACACCAAUGAAAACGGCUGCCUGAACGACGAUAAGUAUGAGUAUGACCUGGCGUAUGACGUGGCAGCUGACGUGGCAGAGGCCAUUGCCAGGGCCCUGUGGGAUGAUAACAGCAAGGCUCAAGACCAGGAUGACAUGGCAGCUAAGGUGGUCCCUGGUGCGUCCGAUGAUGCAUCAUCUGAUCUGGCAGCUGAUGUGGCAACUGACGUGGCAACUGACUCAUCAGCUGACGUGCCAGCUGAUGUGACAGCCGAUGUGACAGCCGAUGUCGUAGCUGAUGUCGCAGCUGAUGUGGCUGCUACUGCAUCAGAGACAAAAACUUUGAAGGAGGAGCAUCUUUCUCCCUCCCUGGCAUCCAUAUCGCUCGGAGCCUCUGAUGCUUUUCAAGUUUCAAAUGUGCCAUCCUCCUGUUGUUUUGAACCGCCUCAAAAGAGUAUUCCUGACGCUGUGGCCUGUCUGCCAUCAACGCCAUCCACCGAUUCCUCUCAAAGUUCUGAUGCACCAGGCUCAACUGUCAACGCAGAGAGCCUCAGCAACAAGACCCUGCUCCCUGUAUACACGUUCUUCGUUGAUGAAUGA